AUGUCAUUUGUCAUGCGCUCCAUAAAUUCCAAGGAAAAGGCUACUAAGCGUGGAAUUUUACAGCAGACGUCGAAGAUUUAUGAUCCGCUUGGCAUGUUAGCCACAGUCACCAUUCGUGCAAAGUUGCUGAUUCAGGACCUAGGGAAGCGGAAGUAUGUGUGGGACACACCAAUUCCGGAACGUGAACAAAACGCCUGGCUACACAUCGCAGAAGACUUAAAUGAAGCUAUGACGACAUCGUUCCCGAGACAGUAUUUUCCGGACAACCCAUCGAACAUGGUCGAUGAAGAUUACGUGUUACACGUGUUUGUUGACGCCAGUACACGUGCGUACGGCGAAGUCGCAUACCUGAACACAUCGUCGAGUUAA